AUGUGCUGUGGCAGCUCCAAAGAUGUGAAGCCGGUUGCAGAGCGAACUCCUCAGAACAUGGGAGGUAUGUUUCGUAACAAGCACUUUCCUAUGUAUCCUGCGGAGUAUGCAGAGGACCGCUUUCGAAGGGCCGAGUACCAGUCGGUAAAGUACAAGAGUAGGUUGAAGAGCCAGCGGAACAUCAAGGGCCUCGAGCCGUUCAAGGGAUUUCCACUGCCCGGCGAGUCCGGUGCCUCAGGGUCAGGAAGCUCAGGACGCUCAUCCCCCGCCCCAGUCAUGUCAGUGUCAAGCAAAGCCCGUGCCUCAGCAAAUCAGUACCCAAACGUACCGCUCGGAAGCAAGCGCCCGUCCAUAGGGCGCUUCGACAGGACCCCUGCCUACGGCUGGGGAAACGGAUUAGAAGCUCCGAAAUGGUCGUCUCAACAUCCUCAUCAAGAAUCGAAACGACAGAGGAGAGCAAUGAAACAUUUCUCAGACUACCUAUAG